AUGUCAGGUCUCGACGUUGAAGCUCUCCUCGAGUCUACGGCUGCUUCUCUCAACGAAGCCGUGGACAAAGAUCGCGACGACCGCUCAAAAGUUGACUCACACGAUCGCAAUGGCCGUGAUCGCUCCAGAGAUAAAGACCGCCGACGCAAAGAUCGUAGCCGUGACCGUCACCGUGACCGAGACGACAAGGAUGAAGAUAUAAGAAGCGAUCAUGGCAGUGCUAACGGAAGCCAUAGAAGCAGACGCAGAAGCCGUAGCCGUCGCCGCGACCGCCACAGUGAUCGCUCGGGAGGUGAUUACUACCGCGGCGGAGGUCGUGCCCGCACAAGGUCACGCUCACCUGACGAUGAUAGAUACUACCGUCCAAGUGGUGGACGCUCUCGACGAGACGACCGUGAUGAGGACAGACCUGCCCGCCGAGAGCGCGACAGAAGACGUAGCAGGAGCCGCGGCCAUCGCAGUAAGACACCAGAAGAAGAACUAAACGAAGAUGAACGCGAUAAACGUACUGUAUUCGUUCAGCAACUCGCUGCUCGGUUGAGGACUAAGGAACUCAUUGCUUUUUUCGAAAAGGUGGGACCAGUCAAAGAAGCCCAGAUUGUGAAGGAUCGCGUGAGUGGCAGGUCGAAAGGUGUCGGCUAUGUUGAAUUCAAGGACGAAUCAUCCGUCCCACUUGCCAUUCAGCUCACCGGUCAAAAACUUCUAGGAAUUCCUAUUAUUGCUCAAUUGACCGAAGCGGAGAAGAAUCGACAGGCCCGCAACCCUGAAGCUAGCAGUGGUCAAUCGGCAUCGGCGCCGUUUCACAGGUUGUAUGUUGGUAACAUUCAUUUCAGUAUCACUGAGAAUGAUAUCCAGAAUGUCUUUGAACCAUUCGGCGAACUCGAAUUUGUCCAACUUCAGAAAGAUGAAACUGGGCGCAGCCGUGGUUAUGGAUUCGUUCAAUUCCGCGAUCCCAACCAGGCUAGAGAAGCGCUGGAAAAGAUGAACGGUUUUGAUCUCGCUGGUAGACCAAUCCGCGUCGGCCUUGGAAACGAUAAGUUUACUCCUGAGUCGACAGCCAACCUUCUACAACGUUUCCAGGGACGAGAACAAAACCAACAAUUCCAGGGCUCUCUUUUCUCUGGCCACGGCGGCCGUGGCGCACAAGCCGGAGGCACACCUAGCAAUUUUGAUCGUGCAGGUGGCCGAGACACCGACAAAGGAACAGGCGGAGCAAGCGCUCUGGAUGACACAGAUGUUGCUGGUGUGAACUUCAACAAUUAUAGCAGAGAUGCAUUGAUGAGGAAACUUGCGAGAACAGAUGAACCCGAGCCUUCUGCAGACGAAAAGUCGCAGCCGUUACGACCCAAGACUGAACCCAAACCCUUGCCCGUGAAUGUCAAUAUGGCAAGCCGUUGUGUCUUGCUACGAAAUAUGUUCGACCCUGCCGAGGAAGAGGGCGAAGCCUGGAUCAAGGAAUUAGAAGACGACGUUCGCGCUGAAUGUGAGGAGAAAUACGGUCAUGUUGUUCACAUAUCUCUAGAUCCGAACUCUCAAGGAGACAUUUAUCUCAAAUUUGACCGUGUCCAAGGAGGCGAGAACGCCAUCAAAGGUCUCAACGGACGAUUCUUUGGAGGCAGACAAAUCAGCGCUCAACCGGUUGUCGAUGCUGUCUACAGCAGUCUCUUCUCCCGCACCAAAGCCAUCUAA